UGUCAUAAGUAAUCGACUCAUUAGGUAAUAAUUGCUACCAAUACUAACGAGAAACCUGUCCAGUUGACUUCAUUACGAAGAAGCUUUCGACAUUCACUGAGUUCCACUAUAAAGCCUUUCUUUUAACCACUUUCUUUUAAGCAAACUCUGUUACUAUGACGCUUGAUGAAGAUUGGGAACAGGAUUGCAGUUGUAGUGCUUCCACAAAUUCGAAGCAAUUCGGCGAUCGACUUGGCUCUGAGAACGGAGGCAAACGACGAAAGAGAAAGGUUAAAGAUUGUAACUCUGAAGCAAGUUUUAAAAGAAGUCGUUCGUCUCAAAGAUCCAAGAAAUUGACAAACCAAACCCUGUGCCGAAUGGAAGGCAGCAUAAGUGCUUUCAGUAGGAUUGAUGGAGGACGUUUCCCGGAGAAACGUGUUCUACAGGAAAUCACAUCAGAAGAGAACAUACAAAUAGAACUGCCAUCUCACAAGCCUGCAUCUAAUUACACAUUUUCGAACUUUUUUUUACCUGUUGUACGGAAUAUAUCACCCUUGCCUGACUUAGGCUGGGCUGACUCAUGGGAACUGUGGUCAUAUAUGCUUGAAAAAGAUAGAAAAUACACCAAAGAUCACUUGUAUCUACGACAACACCCACACUUGCAGCCCAGGAUGAGGGCUAUUCUGCUAGACUGGCUUAUUGAGGUUUGCGAGGUUUACAGGCUUCACAGAGAGACCUACUUUUUAGCUGUAGAUUUUGUAGAUAGAUAUUUAUCAGUGAAAAAAGACAUUCCCAAACAAAGACUCCAACUUGUAGGGACGACUGCCCUAUUCAUUGCAGCCAAGCUAGAGGAAAUCUACCCCCCUAAGUUGAGCGAGUUUGCCUACGUUACUGACGGUGCUUGCAAAGAGGAUGAAAUCCUCCAACAAGAGCUUCUAAUGCUACAGGAUCUUAACUGGAAGCUUUGUCCAAUCACAUCCAACACCUGGCUUAACAUCUACAUGCAACUACACUGGCUGUCAAGAAAUUCAUGUGAAGCACUAAAAGAUCACAGUAACUUCAACUUUGUGAUCCCCAGAUAUUCACAACCUGAAUUCAUUAAAGUCUCACAGCUUCUAGACAUCUGCAGUCUUGACAUUGAGAGUCUCCAGUUCUCGUACAGCGUGCUUGCCGCAGCUGCAAUGUACCACGUUAUACCAGUCAGUAUAGAAGAAAUCACUUGUCACAAACGGGAGGACCUGUCUCCCUGUAUACAAUGGAUGGGACCAUUUGCAGCCACCAUGCGAGACCAGGAACCUCCCUGUAUCAGGAUGUUUGACCAGAUCAAACCUGAGGACUCUCACAACAUUCAAACCCACAUUGUAGAUCUUGGAAUGCUGGACAUUGCUCAGAGAAGAAAGUCUGACUUCCCCCAGAGCUCACCCGUCAGUACCCCUACUAUGCCUUUCUUCACCCCCCUAACUCCGCCCAGCAGUACAAAGAAGAGCUGAGAGGAAAUGGAUUAUCGCUGUUUUAAUCAAAUAGAGCUGGAUCUCUAAGAAAUGCUGCACUUCUGAUUCUAGUGAAGCAAGUUGUUGUGCAACUGUUUCUGGGAUGUUACGCUACUGAAUGCAGCUUCUCAGGGUUUUUACAAAAUGGUUUGUCUGAAUAGUAUAAUCAUGGAGUUGACAAGUUACAAGUUAUAUGCGUUUUUAGGCCACCAGAGAACUAAAGUAUUCAAUUUUCUGGUAUUGUUUUGUGAGUGUUCUGGAAAAUUGACCAAAAAAUUUAAAAGUGAGUAGAAGUGGUGUUAUUUUCAAUCCAGGUGGAAUUUUUACCAAAAAGUAAUUAUAAUAACUAUUUUUAUAAAAGUAUCUUACUAAAGAGUAGUAAAACCCAAUUUAAUUAAUCAAUCUUUAGGGUCAUGAUGCCUUUUUUUGCAUUAAGAUUUUUGCAAACAUUUUUUCAAGUUGAAUAGUGUUUGUUUAAUGCUACUUCAGCAAAUAACUGUAUUUAAUCAGUUUGCAUUAUGCCCAUGUGCGAAUUUUUAAUAGCUGUUUUCCAUGGCUAUAUUUCCUCAUGGUCUCAGCCUUAACCAUUCAGAAUGAAUGAAAGCUUGUAAUUCCAGGUUUUCUGGGAAGUAUUCUUUUCUUGUCUGGGAAUAAGGGAUAGGAUUUUAUCAAUUUCUCCUUUUACAGAAAAUGACCUUGUUUUUAUUAGCUCACGGGAGAAAGAAAUUUAGUAAUUGUUUUUGUAUUGUAAAUUAGUACCAUUUUGUACACAAUAUAUUUUUAAAUAAAAUGGACUGUUUUAU